GUCUCUCUCUCUCACUUUCUUGCUCUCUCUCUCUCUCUCUCUCUCUCUCUCCCCCCCCCCCCAUGGCACCACCACCCCCAUUCCACCCAAUCUCCCUCUCCCUCCUCCUCCUUCUCCUCUUUCCCUCACUGCCCUCCUCUCUCUCUCCUCCCACACACACCACCAUCUCCCCAACCAAAUCCCCCUCCUCCCCUUCCCCAACCAAAUCCCCCUCCUCCCCGUCCCCUUCCUCCUCCCCUUCCCCAACCACAUCCCCUCCCCACUCCCCCAAAUCCUCUCCCACCUCCACCACCCUCGACCCCAAACAACUUACAGCCCUCCAAUCCCUCAACAUUCCCACCUCCAAAGACCCCUGCUCUCCUCCCCACACCACCGCCCUCUGCGACAACUCCUCCCCCUUCCGCCACCUCCUCUCCCUCUCCCUCUCCAACUGCUCCCUCUCCCUCCACCUCUCCACCACCGCCCUCACCUCCCUCUCCACCCUCACCUCCCUCCACUUCCAAAACUGCCCCUCCCUCCCCACCCCCCUCCACUUCCCCCCUUCCCUCGCCUCCAACCUCCGCUCCUUCUCCGCCGUCGACUCCUUCAAAACCCUCACCGGCGUCUUCCUCAGCCACCUCCACAACCUCACCGACCUCACCCUCUCCGCCGUCCCCGUCACCGCCAGCGGCCCCGGAGUCAUCCUCUACAACAUGAAGAACCUCAAGUCCCUCACAAUUUCUCAAGCAAAUCUCACUGGGUACCUCCCAAGACACUGGCAUUACUACACCAACCUCUCCCACGUCGACUUUUCCAUCAACAAGCUCGAGGGCAAAAUACCCAGUUCGUUAACCCUGCUCGAAAACCUUCUGGUUCUGAACCUCAGCUCCAACGGGCUAUCCGGGGAGAUACCCAGUUCGAUUGGGGACUUGUUAUCCCUCCAGAAUCUCUCGAUCUCGGCCAAUUCCUUUUCUGGGUCGAUACCCGACUCGUUAGCAGCUAUUUCCUCGUUGGUCCACCUGGAUCUGGGAGGGAAUCGGCUCAACGGGUCGAUCCCUAAAUUCAUUGCGGGUAUGAAAGAGUUGAGGUACUUGAAUCUGGAGAAGAACGACUUUCACGGGAUAAUGCCGUUCAAUGCUUCGUUUAUAAAGAGGUUGGCUGUGUUCAAGAUUGGGGGAAAUGCAAAUCUCUGUUAUAACCAUUCGACUCUAUCUCCUAAAGUGAAGCUUGGGAUUGCUCCUUGUGACAGACACGGGCUGCCCCUUUCGCCGCCGCCCGCGAAGGACGCGUCCGGGCCGUCCGGCGACGACGGGGGAAGCUCUGAUGAUGAUUACAGUGUGGGAGAUGAGACUGGAAGUAGCAAGAAGCAGCACACUCAUGGACCAAGUAAGGUUGUUCUUGGAGUGGCAAUUGGGCUUUCUUCGGUUGUCUUUCUCAUUAUUUUCUUAGUGCUUAUCUCGAAAUGUUGUCGAUAAUAAACAACUCCAUUGUCGGUCUAUUCCAGUUUUCUUUAAUUUAUUAAAAUUACUCUUUAACGGCGUAGAAGAGUAGUUGCAUAGGGUAAAGUGGUGUGAGAUGGAAAUCAUGAGAUUUGGUUGGAUCCGGAAGGGGGAGGGACAGUUAAGGUGCGAGUAAGCUGUCCGAAGUGGGAGAAAUCAUGAGAUUGGUUGUAUUCUUUUUAAUGUGCCUUUUUCUAAUCGUUGAUUACAUAGUAGGUGUUCUUUAUUGCUCUGUUCCCACCUUUUGUUGUGGUGGGAUAUUGAGGUGAAUGAUUGUUUGGCUGUUGUAAUAAGAGGGAGAGAGAAGUAUAUGGAUCUGUCUUUUAUUUUACUUCAA